ACUUAAGCUAUUUCACUAAUCAACCGUUGCCAAUAUGAAGCUUUCCCACGCGACAGCGACAGCAGUUGCGCUGAUAUGCGUUGCACACAGUUUUGUCCGAGCUGAGCCUCCACCGAGCAACGGCUAUGUGCCUCCACCCUCGAAUGGUUACAGUCCACCAGCUAGCUCCUAUUUACCACCAGCUUCCGGACCAGCGACGCCACAAAAUGGUUAUGCACCAAGCGCUCCUGCAGAUGGUCCAUACGCGAGUCCGCAGGGUCCGCCAAGUACAGGUUACGGCGCGCCUCCAGCAUCCAGCUAUGGCGCUCCACCUAGUAAGCCAAGUUCCAGUUAUGGACCUCCGAAGAAACCCCGACGUCCUGCUAAGGUGCCGGCUUCAACUUACUCGGUGCCACAAGCACCCGUAGCAUACUAUGGUCCUCCAAAGCCCAGCUACGGUCCUCCUAAUUCACCACCAGCUUCCAGCUAUGGCGCUCCUCCAUCACCACCAGCGUCUAGCUAUGGCGCUCCUCCGUCACCACCGGCGUCUAGCUAUGGCGCUCCUCCUUCAUCUGACUAUGGCGCUCCUCCUUCACCGCCUGCAUCCAGCUACGGCGCCCCACCAUCGCCACCUAAAGCCAGCUAUGGCGCUCCUCCAGCACCUAGCUACGGCGCCCCACCAUCACCACCGAAGGCAAGCUAUGGCGCUCCCCCAGCUUCUAGUUACGGAGCACCACCAUCACCACCCAAAGCAAGUUAUGGUGCACCACCAGCACCAAGCUACGGCCCACCUCCAUCACCACCCAAAGCCAGCUAUGGAGCACCUCCGUCGCCAAGUUAUGGAGCGCCUCCAUCACCCAGCUAUGGAGCUCCUCCAUCACCACCCAAGGGCAGCUAUGGUGCUCCACCAUCACCACCCAAAGCCAGCUAUGGGGCGCCACCAGCACCGAACUAUGGCCCGCCACCCAAAGCCAGCUAUGGUCCACCUCCAUCACCACCCAAAGCCAGUUAUGGUGCGCCACCACCACAAAGCUAUGGUCCGCCUCCAUCCCCACCCAAAGCAAGCUAUGGUGCGCCACCAGCACCAAGCUACGCACCAAGCUACGGCGCGCCUCCGUCUCCACCCAAAGCCAGCUAUGGUCCUCCUCCAAAAGCCAGCUAUGGUGCGCCACCAGCACAAAGUUAUGGCCCACCUCCAUCAGCUCCGAAAGCCAGCUAUGGUCCUCCUCCAUCGCCACCAAAAGCCAGCUAUGGCGCUCCUCCUUCGCCCAGCUACGGCGCUCCACCAUCACCACCAUCUUUGAGCUAUGGUGCUCCUCCAUCGCCUAGCUAUGGUGCGCCGCCAUCACCUCCAGCUUCCAGCUACGGCGCCCCACCAUCCCCGCCUAAAGCCAGUUACGGUGCACCACCAGCACCGCCAUCAUCUAGUUAUGGCGCUCCACCAUCCACCAGCUAUGGUGCACCAGCGCCACCAUCCAACUCGUAUUUACCGCCAUCUACAUCUAACUCAAAGCCAUUUGCUCCUUCAAAACCAGCACCCCCCUCAACAUCGUAUGGCGUUCCAACCGGAUAUAGUGCACCAUCGCCGCCUGCGUCUUCUUAUGGUGCGCCGCCUUCUGCGCCUUCAUCUUCAUACGACGCUCCGGCCCCAGCAUCUUCCUACGAUGCGCCUGCGCCGCCUGCCACCAGUUACGGUGCUCCUAGCAAUGGCGGCAACGGCGGAUAUAAUGGCAAUGGAGGCAAUGGAGGCAAUGGUGGCUACAACGGCAAUGGUAGUAAUGGUGGCAACGGCGGCUAUAAUGGCAAUGGUGGUAAUGGUGGCAAUGGCGGUAAAGGUGGCAACGGCGGCUAUAACGGCAAUGGCGGUAAUGGUGACAAUGGUGGUGGAUAUCCGGCUGCUGGACCACCAUCAUCCUACAGCGCUCCGAUGUCUGUGCCAGAAACAAUUCCUCAAGGCUACUCCUCCGAUGGUGGAUACAAGUACCGAAAAUAGACUAGUGCAUGUUAGAGCAGCCCCGCGAGCAGAGGCAAUUUCUAAGUCGUGUGAAAUUUUUUGGGAUUUCCGAAGAAAUUGCAACGUACUAUUUUCAAUGCUGGAACAUUUAGACAUCUACCUAAGUAUGUUUGGAUAUCCAGCAGCACUUUCAAUCUUUGUCUCAGCUUCAAGUGCAUUUCAAUUUUAAAUUUUUAAGUUUAUAUGGGUGCCUACAAAAGAACUCAGAGUUGCCAUUUCUUCGCCUCUAAUGAAGUUAAACAUACUACAUAACCAUAUUUGUCACAAAAUGCUCAUAUAAACAAAAUCGAUUGUAAAUUAGUUUC